AUGGGCGCCCGGGAGGCGGUGCCGGUGGCCAAGGGGGGCGGCCGGCGCUCAGGGGGCGGGGCAGAGGCGCUGCGAGGCGCGCACGGACCAGAGCGCAGCGCCCUCAGCUCUGCAGCGCGCCGGUCCCGCAGCGCUCGAACGUGUGCAACUCAAGCCUUGGAGAAAUACAACAUUGAGAAGGACAUCGCUGCUCACAUAAAGAAGGAAUUUGACAAGAAAUACAAUCCCACGUGGCACUGCAUUGUGGGAAGGAACUUUGGCAGCUACGUGACUCAUGAGACCAAGCACUUCAUCUACUUCUACCUCGGCCAAGUUGCUAUUCUUCUUUUCAAGUCUGGUUAGAACCAUGGACUGUUACUGAAACUUGCACCUGGGUACAGGACUGCACACUGAUUCCCACCUUCAGCCUUCCUGAGGAAACACAUCUUGAUCUUCAGGUGUUUUGUUGUAUUGUUAAUGGUCAGGGAUUUUGCUGUAGCUGCUAGUAUUUUCAUUGUGGCUAUAUAGAAAAGCAAAAAUGUCUUCCUUGUAUUUAUUUUCCUUCAGAAGAUGGCUUCUUUGCUAAUAAAACCGUUGGAACAAGUUUA